AAAAAUUAGGUGCUCCAAAAUUGAUUCUUGCAGGAAAGAGUUAAAAGCGAUAGCGUUAAUCCCACUUCUCAAAUUCCGUCCUCUCUCUUCUUCCCCUUCUUCUUUAUUGUCUCCUCUUUUUAAGUUCAAAAAUUUAACUUAGCGGUAUUGGAUUGGGCAUGGAAUGGAUCCAAUAAUACGCUAGUAAAUACUAGAGAGUACAGUAUUACUACGCAAACACAAAGUGAAGCGGCAGGAGGAGGACUUAUAGCUUCUAAAAUGUCUUCGGUUUCCUCAAACCCCCGAACUGUAGAAGAGAUCUUCAAAGAUUACAGCGCUCGUCGUGCCGGAAUAGUUCGUGCUUUAACAUACGAUGUGGAUGACUUUUAUGGACUUUGCGAUCCAGAGAAGGAAAAUUUGUGCCUGUAUGGUCACCCAAAUGAGACCUGGGAAGUGAAUCUUCCGGCUGAAGAAGUACCUCCAGAGCUUCCAGAGCCUGCACUCGGGAUCAAUUUUGCUAGGGAUGGAAUGAACCGUCGAGAUUGGCUCUCGUUGGUUGCUGUGCACAGCGAUUGUUGGUUGCUCUCUGUGGCUUUCUAUCUUGGUGCUAGGCUUAAUCGAAAUGAAAGGAAGCGUUUAUUCAGCUUAAUCAACGAUCUUCCAACUGUCUUUGAGGUUGUGACAGACAGGAAACCUGCAAAAGAAAAGCCCAGUGUGGAUAGUGGAAGCAGAUCUCGUGGCAGCACAAAGAGAUCAAAUGAUGGUCCGGCUAAAAGCAAUCCAAGAUUGGCAGAUGAAAGUUAUGAAGAGGAUGACGAUGAACACAGCGAAACACUUUGUGGCAGCUGUGGGGGAAAUUAUAAUGCAGAUGAGUUUUGGAUUGGUUGUGACAUUUGUGAGAGGUGGUUCCAUGGGAAGUGUGUGAAAAUUACCCCUGCUAAAGCUGAAAAUAUAAAGCAAUACAAAUGUCCAUCUUGCAGCUUGAAGCGAGGCAGGCAGUAGUUGUCACUACUCAAGGCCAACUCAGGAUCAGUGGUGUUUUGACAAAAGUAGUAUAGAAAUAUCACUUUAUAAUGUCUUUAAUGGACUUAUAUUAUGUUUGUUUGCAAUUUAGGGAACAAAAAGCUUGGCUGCUUCCCUACCAAACCCUUGCUCUGAUGCUUUGUUAUAUAGAAAUCUCUUCAUUUUAAUAGAUAUUCUUACAAUUUCAA